GAAUCGGAAAGGAUGGCCGGGGCCGGAGUCCAGCACCACCCCCCGGGCGCUGCCGGAGCCACCACGGCCGCCUCUACCGCAGCCACGGCAGCCUCAGCCACAGCCGCCGCCGCUGCCGGCCCCGCCGGUCCGGGAGAUGAGUCGUCGGAUAGCGAGGCGGAGCACGAGGGGCCGCAGAAACUGAUACGGAAAGUGUCCACGUCGGGGCAGAUCCGGAGCAAGGUGAGGACAAGUAUUAAGGAAGGAUUACUCUUGAAGCAGACCAGCUCCUUUCAAAGGUGGAAAAAACGUUAUUUCAAACUUCGAGGUCGCACACUUUACUAUGCCAAGGACUCAAAGUCUCUAAUAUUUGAUGAAGUUGACCUCUCGGAUGCCAGUGUAGCUGAAUCAAGCACAAAAAAUGUCAACAACAGUUUCACGAUAAUCACCCCAUUCAGGAGGCUGGUAUUGUGCGCCGAAAACAGAAAGGAGAUGGAAGACUGGAUCAGUUUACUGAAGUCUGUACAGUCAAGGGAACUUUAUGAGGCAGCACAGUUUAAUGUGGAACAUUUCUCAGGGAUGCAUAACUGGUAUGCCUGCUCCCAUGCUCGACCCACCUUUUGUAAUGUGUGCCGAGAGAGUCUCUCUGGAGUUACUUCCCAUGGCCUGUCUUGUGAAGUGUGUAAGUUCAAAGCACAUAAAAGAUGUGCAGUGAGGGCAACAAACAACUGCAAAUGGACCACUCUGGCUUCCAUUGGGAAAGACAUCAUUGAGGAUGAAGAUGGUAUAGCAAUGCCUCAUCAAUGGCUAGAAGGUAACUUGCCUGUCAGUGCCAAAUGCGCAGUCUGUGAUAAGACUUGUGGCAGCGUCCUACGUCUCCAAGAUUGGAAGUGCCUUUGGUGUAAAGCUAUGGUACACACUGCCUGCAAAGAUUUGUUUCCUUAUAAAUGUCCGCUUGACCAAUGUAAGGUGUCUAUCAUACCCCCGAUUGCACUGAACAGCAUAGAUUCUGAUGGAUUUUGGAAAGCAACAGCUCCACCAUGUCGUGCUAGCCCGCUUUUGGUAUUUGUCAACUCUAAAAGUGGAGAUAAUCAGGGAGUAAAGUUUCUCCGUCGAUUUAAACAGUUGUUAAAUCCUGCUCAGGUGUUUGACUUAAUAAAUGGAGGACCUCACUUGGGCUUACGAUUAUUUCAGAAGUUUGACAACUUCCGGAUUCUUGUUUGUGGAGGAGAUGGAAGCGUUGGUUGGGUUUUGUCGGAAAUUGAUAAACUCAGCUUGCACAAACAGUGUCAGCUGGGAGUCUUACCUUUAGGUACAGGAAAUGACCUCGCACGGGUUCUUGGCUGGGGUGGUUCAUGCGAUGAUGACACCCAGCUACCACAGAUAUUGGAGAAGUUGGAACGAGCCAGUACAAAAAUGCUUGACAGGUGGAGUAUAAUGACAUAUGAACUCAAAUUGCCAACAAAGCCUUCUAUCCUUCCCAUCACUCCAGAAGAGGAAAAUGAGGAAUCUUACAUGUCAUCUUAUGAGGACUCAGUUGCAGCUCAUCUUGCAAAAAUCCUCAAUUCUGAUCAACACUCAGUGGUCAUAUCAUCUGCUAAGGUUUUAUGUCAGACCGUAAAGGACUUUGUUGCAAAAGUUGGGAAGACGUAUGAAAGAACAGAAGAAAACAGUGAUGUAGCAGAUGCCAUGGCCAUUAAAUGUGCAGUACUAAAUGAGAAACUUGACCAACUACUGCAGACUUUACAUGCAGAAGCCCAGACAGUCUCAGUAUUCAAACAUCCUGGUCCUCCCAGUGUUGAAGGAGAAUCUGUGGACUUUUCAAGUGAAGAGUCAUUGUCUGACAGCAAGGGAAGCAUUGUGGAGGGUGCCCCAAAGACUCCAGCACAGAAAACUUUCAAGCCAAAGGAGUUAAUGUUGAGAGCAAACAGUUUAAAGAAAGCAGUGAGGCAGAUCAUCCAACAGGCUGAAAAAGUUGUAGAUGAACAGAAUAUUCAUGCUGAUGAAGAGGGUAACCUGCUGUCAGCUCCCCUAGAUGACAGUAGAGAAACAGAAUAUUCUAAAGAAGAUAAGGAUGAUGAUGGAAAGGAGUACCCAUCUGUUAAAAUUGCACCUCGGUCCCCAGAUACGUGUAUCAACCAAGGCUGUUCUCAACCUAUCUCAAUUUCUGGUCCAGUAUUGACAUCCAACAAAGAAAAUCUUCCUGUGCUUAAUACCAGAAUAAUUUGUCCAGGUUUAAGAGCAGGAUUAGCUGCUUCAAUUGCUGGGAGUUCUAUUAUCAGCAAAAUGUUACUAGCAAAUAUUGAUCCCUUUGGUGCUACACCAUUUAUUGACCCAGAUCCAGAUUCACUAGAAGGAUAUUCAGAAAAAUGUGUUAUGAACAAUUACUUCGGAAUUGGAUUAGAUGCAAAAAUUUCAUUAGAGUUUAACAAUAAGCGAGAAGAACACCCUGAAAAAUGCAGGAGCCGAACUAAAAACAUGAUGUGGUAUGGGGUCCUUGGAACCAAAGAGUUAUUACAAAGGACUUAUAAGAAUUUAGAACAAAGAGUUCAGCUUGAGUGUGAUGGACAGUAUAUCCCCCUUCCUAGUCUACAAGGAAUAGCAGUGUUGAAUAUCCCAAGUUAUGCUGGAGGUACUAAUUUCUGGGGCGGAACUAAAGAGGAUGACAUAUUUACUGCACCAUCAUUUGAUGACAAGAUACUGGAGGUUGUUGCAGUGUUUGGUAGCAUGCAGAUGGCAAUGUCCAGAGUCAUAAAACUGCAGCAUCACCGAAUAGCUCAGUGUCGGUCUGUAAAGAUCACCAUACUUGGAGAUGAAGGGGUGCCGGUACAAGUAGAUGGAGAGGCAUGGAUCCAGCCUCCAGGGAUUAUUAAAAUCGUGCACAAAAACAGAGCUCAGAUGUUAACGAGAGACAGAGCUUUUGAAAACACCCUCAAAUCUUGGGAAGACAAACAAAAGUAUGAUGCUUCUAAGGUACCCCCCCGACCUCAGUUGUAUCCACAACAAGCUAUUGAUUUAGCAACAGAAGAGGAAGUUACACAGAUGCAGCUCUGUUCACAGGCUGCAGAAGAACUCAUUACUCGAAUCUGUGAAGCAGCAAAAGUACACAGUCUUUUGGAGCAAGAAUUAGCUCAUGCUGUGAAUGCAUGUUCCCAUGCCCUGAAUAAAGCCAACCCAAGGUUUCCUGAGAGUCUUACCAGAGACACUGCCAUUGAAAUCGCUGUCAAUGUGAAGGCACUAAAUAAUGAAACGGAGUCUUUACUAAUUGGGAGAGUUCCUUUGCAGUUGGAAUCUCCACAUGAAGAACUGGUAUCCAAUGCUUUACAUGGUGUGGAAGUGGAAUUGCAGAAGUUAGCAGAGAUUCCAUGGCUUUAUUGCGUCCUACAUUCAAAUGAUGAUGAGGAUCCUCCUUUGGAUUACACAAAAAGAAACAAAAGCACCGUGUUUCGCAUUGUGCCCAAAUUUAAGAAGGAGAAGGUCCAGAAGCUGAAGGCAAGCCCACUGCCUGUUCAAAAGUGGGGCACAGAUGAAGUUGCUGCUUGGCUGGAUCAGCUCAAUUUGGGAGAGUACACAGAAAUCUUCAUCCGCCAUGACAUCCGAGGGGCUGAGCUUUUGCACCUGGAAAGGCGAGAUCUUAAGGAUCUGGGGAUAACGAAAGUGGGUCAUAUGAAGCGAAUUCUUCAGGGAAUUAAAGAGCUAGGAAAGAGCACUCUACUGUCUGAGGUGUAA